AAGCUUCAGAGACCCACCGAACGAGGACAUCUGCCCCGCUGCUCGGAACGAACUACCUCGCAUCUGCACAGGUUUGCAGAUACACAGACCGCUAGCUAUGGAAGGAGACGACAGGGGCGGAGCGGAUCGCGUGGCUGGGGAUUUGGGUGCGUCCAAGCGAUCCGCCACUGCCACAUCUGCGCCCAGAAAACUCAGACUGUCAUAUCUGGAGCCAAGGCCACUUGGCUUCAAUGAGCUUCCGUAUCAUGUUGAUUUUGGCGACGGGCUUGGCGGAGAGCUAGAUGUUGUGGACUUUGUCCAAGCUGUGUUGGAUGAGGCUAAGAGUUGGGAUAUAGAGCAAUGGCGACACACGGGGUCUAAGAGCUUGGACAAGCAGAGGAAGUAUGCGCCGGUGACGCAGUUUGCGAAGGAUAUUGGAAAAAACACCUGGUUUGGGAGAGUAUCGAGGCAUGAAGAGAAGGCGCCGCUUCGGUAUGCAGAGUUCGAUUAUGUGUUAAGGAGGAAUCAUUCGUGGCAUGAGGGGCAGUAUACGCCAGAGGUGGUAGAGGUGAACAGCAUUUUGAAGUGGGAUUUGGAGGGUGGUGGGAAGGUAGAAGGCUGGAAGGAUAUUUCUAUGGAACUCGUCGAAAUGUUCCACAGACUUCCCAUGCCGCUCAACAAGCGCGUUUUCACAACUCUUGUCCUAUCCGGUACCCGGACCGAUCUCCAAUCCUCAGAAACUUCCAACACUCUUGAGGAAUUCAUCGUUGUUCAACUCCCUGUCUCGCUCACUAAAUUUCCGCCUGCCGUCAAGCAGCACUCACACGUUAAACCUAGCAAAUACGUUCAAGGGGUGUAUGUAAGUAUUGAGCGGGUCGCGCAGAUUCAAGGACCACUCAGCAAUAGCAAUGGCGACCAAUCUGUUAAAAAUCGAUGGACCAUGGCAACGGCGAGUGAUGCGAAGGGUGUCCUACCGUUGUGGGUGCAGAAGAAGGCUGUGCCGGAUGCUAUUGCGAAGGAUGUUAAGUUUGUGACGGAUUAUGUUCAAAAGAAUUAUGGCGGUGAAGGUUGGCCUGAAGGUUCUACGAAGGAUAGGUAGCGAAGAGGGGAAAGUGGUGGGAUUGUUUUAUUAUGCGUAUGCGCUGGUUCGCUACUUGUAUUGUGGGUUGUAGUUUACUAAUGCCGGAUAUCUUUUGGGACAUGAACAGGAUGGAGCUUGCCUAGCGCGUGGAGCAACUUGAACACCUAAGUAAGCUUCUAAGUUAGAUUAAAAAAAUGAAAUAAUAGUAUGGAG